UCGUUGAAGAAGAUUUGAAAAGAAUUGUAAAAAUUUGUAAAAAUUUGAAGAAAAUGAAAGGCAUUAUUACCAUUUUGCUCAUCUUUUCCAUUCACGCUUAUACACAUGGCGCUCCUUUCGACGAAUCGGAAUGGGUGUCCGCGAUCGGAAAAUUAGGAAGGGAACGAAACUCGAAGGAGAGGAAUCUAUUCGUUUGGAUGCGCAAUUCUGAGCGGAAAAAAAAUGGAUCAAACGUGGAAUAUCUACAAUGGCUCGUGAAAAACUGGAAAGAUAACGGCGAGAAGAAUAGAAAGAAAGAUAGGGAGAAAUCUUUCGUUUCUUUAAACUUAUCACGGUUAAAAAACAAGCCCGAUUCUUUCGAUAGCAGCUCCGAUUCCGAACAAACAAAACUGAAGAGGAUUUUAUUUGGUAAGAAGAAAUGGAAUUCCGUGGAGAAAAAUUCGAAUGAAGAGCAAGAGAAGGAAGAGGAAGAGGAAGAAUCUUUGGAAAAAAUGUCUGACGAAUUAAGUAUUCGUAAAAAAAAAUAUUCCGAUGAAAAAGAUUCUCGUGAAAGAAAUUUUGAUAAAAAUGAUCAUCGUGAAAAUAAUAAUUUUUCCGAAUCGUGGAAUACGAUGGAUGAAAAUGAUUCGAGCUCUUCUGAAAGAUCAAAUAAAUAUUUUGAUUCGAAAGAAAAAAAGAGGAAACGCGAUUCAGAGGAAUACGAUAAUCGCAAAAGUUCGAGUUCUGGUUCCAAUUCGUGGGAGUUUGAUAGCGACGAGGAAAAAUUCAAUGAUUAUUUAAAAGAUUUGUUAAAGGAAAACAAACAUUAUAAGGAAAUAACCGAAAUGUUGAAAAAUUACAAAACAGAUGUUUAUUACGAGAGAUUGUACGAAUGGAAUAAAGUCAAGUAUCUGGAAUGGAGAAAAAAUAUAAAAUUGAAGAAUAAAAUAUUGGACGAAAAGGAAAAUUUAAGUAUGGAGAUAUUAAGGAGAAUUUGUAACAUAUCGACCAACAUUAGACGUAAAGAGCAAGAAAAUCGAUUAAAAGAGUGCGUAGGAUUUUACAUAUUUACGAAGGAUGAAUUUAAUUUUACAACGGAUUUAUCGUUGGUUCAUUUUCAAGAUACGAAUAUUAAAACAGAUGAUGAAGAAUCGCCUCCCAACAAAAGUUCCAAUUAUGGUCAUAUACGUACAACCGAAAGAAUGAAAAAUUCUUCGACAAACGAAGAAAAAUCUUUCGACAAUGGAAACAGAGGUGAAACUAUCGACGGUGAACAAAAAGAAAAAAAAGAACAAGAACAAGAAACAAAGUCUAGUUCGCGAAAAGAUGAAAUAGAUAACGAUGAGAAGCCAACAGAUCGAAACGUUGAUAAUUUAACACAAUUAACAUGGUCUUCACAGAUUGGGACAGAAGAAAGAACACAAACAGCGAAAGAUGAAAACUUGAUAAAUUUUGAGAACGACACGAAUAGAUCGGAAGAAUCGAAUAUAAUUCGGAGUACAACUCCUCGUAAAUAUUUGCAAACUGAAUCUUCUGAAGCAUCGGAAAAUCGAUCGACGAUUUUCGAAGAAAAUUCGAGUUCGAAUAUUAGAGAUAAUGAUCGAAACAACGAUUUGAAUAAGAGUACAGUACCGAGCAAUAAUGGAAAUGAGAAUGUACGACAAUCCGACGAUACCGAACCAAAUGGAUCAGAGAAUUUAAAUAUUAAUGAAUCCACGAUGAUUUCGACAAAUCAACGAACAAUUUCCCGAUCAACUUCACGAAUCGAAGCUUCUACAAUAUGGGCAAGAGAUGGACUAUCUACAAUAUCGAGUAUCAAAUUCGAAACAAUUGAUAAUAACGAUAAUUUUACUACAUCCAACGAUAUUAACUUUACAAUUGCAACAAGCAACGAUAUAUAUAAUAACGAAUCGUUCAAUGGCGAUAAUAACGUACAGCCAAAUCCUAGUUCCGAUAAGUUUAACGCAUUAAGAAAUGAAGAAACGAUAAAAGCAUCGAGUAGGAUACCAGAUACAUUAUCAUUAUCACCUGUAUAUCAAACAGAAAAUUCUCAAGUAGCAACUUUAACGAUAUCUAUAGAUGCGAAUAACGAGCAAACAGCAACUUCUACUUCGCAAACUAUAAAUUCUAACGAUUUUAGAGAUAAAGAUCAGAUGAUGGAAACGUGGAGUCAAGAAUCGGGAACAAGCUAUACCGAUAAUGUUUCGAUUACCGCGAAUAUUAAUGUUGAAAUCAAUACUGUUCGAACUGAGAAUGAAACGAAUACUGUCAAUUCGAGUGUAGCGAAUACUCAAACAGCUUCAAAUUCGACGAUAGAAAAAGUAAGAUCAACUGAAACUUUAAGUCCCGAAUCAGAAACAACACUUAUCGAUGUAUCGAGUAAUAAUGAAAAAGCUGAUACGGAUAAAGCAAACGAUAUUUUGGAAAAUAAAUCAACCACCGAUGUUAAUGGAUGGACAAGUUCAGAUAACAGCGAAUCACCGAUCGCAAGAGGAGACGAAGAAACGACGAUAAAUUAUCAAACUGACGAUUCGAUUGUGACAAAAAAAGAAGAGGAAGCUGAGGCGUCAAACUGGCAAACGAAAACAAUUUUUCGUGGAGACAACAGCAACGAACAAAAUGUUAGCGUAAUUAUAGUCGAAUCGAAUAAAACUUUGAUAGAAGAUGAUAAUUUAAUUAUUACCGAUAUUAACGAACAAACAGAUUCAAUUGUUGAAACGAUAAGCGAUAAUGAAUCUACUACGAAAGAUGCACAAAUAAUAUUAUCUUUCUCCCAAACUCCCAAAAAAUUUGAUAUAUUCAAAACGGAACGAUCGAUCGAUGAUCAAUCUAAAACUAUCGAUUUUGUUAACGUUAUCACGGAUAAUGGAAACAAUGGAAUUGAUGAUAAUUCCACCAGUAUUGACGAAUCAAUGAUCGAAAGAGAAGAAAUAACGACACUUUCUUCGGAAAAUUUUAUCGCUACCGUAAUGGAGAUAACGAUGACUCAAACAAUAUCUUCGCAAUUACCAGAAAUAAUUAUCGGAACUGGCGACGAUAUAUUUGAAAAUAGAAACGAUAAGAAUAUUUCUGAAAUCACAACUUUGGAAAAUUUACAAACAACAUCGUUUCCCAUGCAAACUAAAAAAUCUAAUACUGGUGAAACGAAACGAAGAUCGUCCAUCCAAACGGAAACAGAUUCAACCGCUUUCACAAAUAAAAUAGAGGAAAUAGAAGCAUUUUCUUCGAAUAGUAAAAAUUCUACCGUUACGGAAGCAGAAUUGACAACUGUAAAAUUAUCUUCGAAGUUAGAAAGUGAAUUCGUAACUUUAGGAAAUAUAGAAACAACAUCGUCUUUUCUUCAAACGCUUUCGAAUAAAUCUGAAGCAAACAAACCGAUCGAAGCAUCGAAUACUCGAACUGAAAUGAUUCUUGUUGAUAAUAGCACCAUUACGUCGAUUAAUAUAAACGAUAGAACAAAUAAAACGAGCAAUAAUUUGAAAGAUAGUGAAAAAUCAACUACUAAUAUCGAUAAAACAGAUUCAAAUAAAUUUAGAACUUUGAAAAAUAUCAAAUCUGAUUAUUCGUCCAGUGGAUAUGAUAAUACUACAAAAGCGAAAGUGCAAGCUGUAAAACUAGAAAUAACCGUUUCUGAUACCAAUGGCACUAAAACGGAUAAUUUCAUAAUCAUUGAUAAUAGCAAUAUUUUGGAUCUUUUCAAUGUAUCAACUGGCAACGUGAAAAUAAAUUCCAAUGUUAAAGAGCCAAAUACACCAAUAACGGAUACUCAAAUAUAUAACACAGUGGUUUCAAAAGCAGUUACAUCACCUGAAUUAAUUAUAAAUUCAAAUCCCGAAUCUCCUGUAAAUGAAAUUAAUUAUAUAAAAUUAGAGUGUGUUCCGAUUAAAGAUAAGCAGGUGAUCACAAAAUUAGUUUUGGUUAACGAGAUGUGGCCAGUUUUGUUAACCUUGGCAGUGACAGCUACUCUGGGAGAAGUGGUGAAUGUUCAUGUGAACAAUGAUACGCAAUGGAAACUCGGAUUCGAAGUCGAUUACGAGAACGAUCGUUUUCUAUUGGAUGGAAAACCUUUUCGAUACGUUUCCGGCAGUUUUCACUAUUUUCGAACUCCUAGACAAUAUUGGAGAGAUCGUUUCAAAAAAAUUAGAGCGGCCGGAUUAAAUGCCGUUUCAACUUACGUGGAAUGGAGUCUUCAUCAACCGAGUGAAAAUGAAUGGUAUUGGACGGGUAAUGCGGAUUUAGUAGAAUUUUUAAACAUUGCCCAAGAAGAAGAUUUAUUCGUUCUUUUGAGACCAGGCCCUUAUAUUUGCGCGGAACGAGAUUUUGGUGGUCUUCCUUACUGGUUAUUGACACGAGUACCAGAUAUAAAUUUACGUACAAACGAUCCACGAUACAUGAAAUAUGUGGAAAUAUAUUUAAACGAAGUAUUUAAAAAAAUCAUUCCCUAUCUCAGAGGAAAUGGAGGACCUAUAAUAAUGGUUCAGGUGGAAAAUGAGUACGGAAGUUAUUCGUGCGAUAAAGAAUAUUUACAUCGUUUGAGAGAUAUAAUGAAACGGAAAAUUGGUACAAAGGCGCUUUUAUAUACGACGGAUGGAUCAAAUAAGAAUAUGCUGAAUUGUGGUUCUAUAUCAGGUGUUUAUACAACUAUCGAUUUUGGAACUAACGCGAACGUGACGAAAAAUUUCGAAAUAAUGCGUCUGUAUCAACCGCGAGGCCCAUUAGUAAAUUCAGAAUUUUAUCCUGGAUGGUUGACACAUUGGCAAGAACCGUUUCAAAGAGUAAAUGUUACAGUAGUUGCAAAAACUUUAAAUCAAAUGCUAUCUUUGGGUGCUUCUGUUAAUAUUUAUAUGUUUUACGGUGGAACAAAUUUUGGUUACACCGCUGGGGCUAAUGGUGGCGAAAAUGCAUACAAUCCACAACUAACUUCCUAUGAUUAUGACGCUCCGUUAACCGAAGCUGGUGAUCCAACAUCAAAAUAUUUCGAAAUUCGGAAUAUCGUAUCUAAGUAUUUGCCACUGCCAAACGUAUCACUUCCAACAGUAUCUCCAAAAGGAGAUUACGGUUCGAUUCUAUUGUCGCCAAUCCUGAAAUUAUUCGAACCUCAAGGUCGACAAUUAUUCGGAACAAUUAUCGUCCAAGGAUCGCAUCCACUAACGUUCGAAGCGUUAGGAUUAUCUCAUUGGUUGGUAUUGUACGAGACUGACAUAAUACAUAGCCCUAAGGAUCCUGCGAUUCUGCACGCAAAAGUUCGAGAUAGAGCAUUAGUCUAUGUAGAUGAUCAUUUGGUUGGAACCUUAAGUCGUACCAGUAACAUCUAUCAUUUAAGUAUAGAGGAGCCUUAUGGACAAAAACUAAAAUUAUUGAUCGAGAAUCAAGGAAGAUUAAAUUAUGGAAAUGGACUUCGCGAUUUUAAGGGAGUCACAAAUGUAUCUCUAAACAAUAUUCCCCUUGGACCUUGGAGAAUGACUGGAUUUUUGCUGGACAACGUCAACCCGCUUAUCAAUGUCAAUUCCAACAUAUCUGUAAGCGGAACUCUUCAUGAUGGUCCCGUCAUACUUCGAGGAACUUUCUCGAUCUCUGACCAACCGAUGGACACGUAUUUAAACACUGAUGGUUGGGGCAAAGGAGUUGCUUUCGUGAAUGGACACAAUUUAGGUCGAUACUGGCCAUUGGUUGGCCCUCAAAUAACUCUUUAUAUUCCUGCAUCUUUUUUAAGAAUAGGCGAAAAUGAGAUAGUGUUAGUCGAAUUGGAAUAUGUACCAAGCAGCGAGAAAAUUAAAUUGCAAAAGGAACCGAUACUUGAUUUCGGUGCUAAAUAUUCAAAUAAUGGAGAUAAUUCGAACGAUAUACGUGUUUUGGUUUGAUCGAUUUUUAAUCUCCUUUCUUUUUCUUUAAAAUAUUCAAAUUAUCUAUAUUAUUGUUUAAUGAGAAACUGUGCGAACAUAAAUAAAUAAAUAAAAAAUA